AUGGCUUCGGAAGUCCCAGACAGCAACAUGUCUCGUGCAGCUGGCCGGUCACCUGACGGCAGCCAGCGAACGUACACCAAUGAUAUCGAACCCCCUUUCGAGGUCAGCAGCCAUAUCCCUGAAAAGCACGACGCCACCCCGAAGGAUGCAUCAGUAAAAGAUGUGGCCGGCGACGAUACUGCUUCCGAUGAGGAUGGCAAUGAGACGGAAAUGGAGAGACGGCACUCUAUUGUCCAGGAUCUUGCGCGCCAAUAUACCCAACAUUCUACGGUUGAUGCAAAUGGUGAUGUUCACACUUUGUUUGGUAGUGAUGACCCAGCUUCUCCACUCAAUCCCAAUGGCCCCAAGUUCAGCGCUCGUGCUUGGGCGAAGGCCGUGGCGAAGGCGGCGACCGAGCGAGGCACAGGCUUUCGCAAAGCAGGCCUUUGCUUUCAAGACUUGAGCGUCUUUGGAUACGGCGCAGAAACAGAUUACCAGAAGGAUGUCGGAAAUGUUUGGCUAGAACUUCCUAGUCUCGCCAGGCAGGUUGGCUCAAAAGAUAGGGGUCAACGGCGUAUUGAUAUUCUCCGCAACUUUGAUGGAGUCGUCAAAGCAGGAGAAAUGCUUGUAGUGCUGGGUCCACCCGGCGCAGGAUGUUCGACCUUUCUCAAGACUCUCUCUGGAGAAACAAACGGUAUCUACGUCGAUGCUGGCGCUUACUUCAACUAUCAAGGCCUUUCGGCAAAGGAGAUGCACAAAGAGCACAAGGGCGAUGCGAUAUACACCGCCGAGGUGGAUAUCCAUUUCCCUCAGCUCUCCGUCGGCGAUACUUUGACAUUUGCAUCGCGCGCCAGAUGUCCUCGGAACCAGCCUCCUGGUAUCACACGCGAAGAGUACUGCGAUCAUAUGCGCGACGUUGUCAUGGCCAUGUAUGGCAUCAGCCACACAAUUAAUACCAGAGUUGGCAACGAGUACGUGCGUGGUGUGUCAGGUGGUGAACGCAAGCGAGUAACGAUUGCUGAAGCCACGCUCUCAAAUGCACCAUUUCAGUGCUGGGACAAUUCUACGAGAGGACUGGAUUCAGCCAAUGCUAUUGAGUUUUGUAAAACUCUGAGACUGCAAUCCGAGCUCUUUGGGCAGACAUGCGCCGUAUCAAUUUAUCAAGCCCCACAGAGCGCUUAUGAUCUGUUCGAUAAGGCCAUCGUGCUGUAUGAAGGACGACAAAUUUUCUAUGGCCGUGCCGAUAAGGCUCGGGAAUACUUUGUGAAUCUCGGAUUCGAAUGUCCAGCACGCCAAACUACACCGGACUUCUUGACGUCGAUGACAGCGCCCUCAGAAAGAGUCAUCCGUGCUGGAUGGGAAGGGCGUGUACCCAAGACCCCCGAUGAGUUCGCCGCUUGUUGGAAGAAUAGCCAGGAAUAUAGGGAGCUGCAAGCCGAAAUUGAGGAAUACAAGACAACUCACCCUCUCGGCGGUGCAGACGCCGAAAGCUUCCGUGCCCACAAGAGGGAGGUUCAAGCAAAGAAUCAACGACCUGCAUCCCCGUUCCUGCUUUCGUACGCUCAGCAGAUCCGUCUGUGUCUCUGGCGUGGCUGGAAACGUUUGAUCGGAGACCCUUCGCUGACUUUGUUUGCGCUGAUAGCGAAUUCCAUCACAGCGCUCAUCAUCUCGUCUUUGUUCUAUAAUAUGCAACCAGAUACUGCAACCUUCUACGGUAGAAGUGCUAUUCUGUUCAUUGCGAUUCUAUCUAAUGCCUUCUCGAGCGCUCUCGAAAUUCUCACCCAGUAUGCCCAACGUCCAAUUGUGGAGAAACAUGUUCGCUAUGCAUUCUACCACGCAUCUGCGGAAUCGUUUUCGUCCGUCCUGGUAGAUAUGCCCUAUAAGAUCAGCAACAGCAUAUGCUUCAACCUCAUCAUAUACUUCAUGACCAACCUGAAUAGAACACCCGGAGCGUUCUUCUACUUUCUCUUCGUAACAUUCCUCAUGGUGUUGGGCAUGUCGGGCAUCUUCAGGUCGAUUGCUUCAUUAUCUCGUACAUUGUCACAAGCAAUGGUGCCGGCAUCGAUUCUGAUUCUUGCUUUGGUCAUUUUCACUGGAUUCGUUAUUCCAGUAGAUUACAUGCUUGGGUGGUGUCGUUGGAUCAAUUAUCUUGAUCCUGUGGCAUAUGGAUUUGAGGCACUCAUGAUCAAUGAGUUUCACAAUCGUAACUUCACUUGUGCAGCCUUUGUGCCAAGUGCAACCGUCGACGGUUAUCAGAACGUGACAUCUGAUCACCAGGCUUGCUCGGCUGUGGGUUCAAUUCCCGGCUUGAACGUGGUUAAUGGAGAUGAUUAUAUCAAUUCGGCAUAUAAGUACUAUCACGCUCAUAAAUGGCGAAACGUUGGCAUUCUGAUCGGAUUCGUCAUCGCUUUUCACUUGCUUUACAUCGUUGCGACGGAGUAUAUCUCAGCCAAGAAGUCGAAAGGUGAAGUUCUCGUAUUCCGCCGCGGUGUUGUACCCCCAACAGCGAAGAGUGACGAUAUCGAAGCUUCCGUCUCCGGUCGCUUGCAAGUUGUCGAGAAUGGCAGCGGUCACUCAUCGAGUGACGAAGGCGUCAUUCAGGCGUCGACAAGCGUCUUUCACUGGAACAACGUAUGUUACGACAUCAAAAUCAAGGGCGAGCCCCGCAGGAUUCUCGAUAAUGUGGACGGCUGGGUCAAGCCGGGUACGCUGACAGCACUCAUGGGCGUGUCUGGCGCUGGAAAGACGACAUUGCUUGACUGUCUAGCUGAUCGCAUUUCGAUGGGCGUUAUCACAGGCGAGAUGCUAGUCGAUGGUCAUAUCCGGGACCAGUCAUUCCAGCGUAAAACUGGAUAUGUACAACAACAAGACCUGCACCUCGAAACCAGCACCGUUCGUGAGGCCUUGGAGUUUAGCGCUUUGCUUCGUCAACCUGCCAGUACACCCAGGUCUGAGAAGCUUGCCUAUGUUGAUGAGGUUAUCAAGCUUCUGGAUAUGCAGGACUAUGCUGAUGCUGUAGUGGGUGUUCUUGGCGAGGGUUUGAAUGUGGAACAGCGUAAACGACUCACGAUUGGCGUUGAGCUCGCUGCAAGACCACCUCUACUGCUAUUCGUCGAUGAACCCACCUCGGGAUUGGAUUCGCAAACGUCAUGGGCUAUCCUGGACCUACUCGAAAAGCUGUCCAAAGCUGGUCAGUCUAUCUUGUGUACAAUUCACCAGCCGUCGGCGAUGUUGUUCCAGCGUUUCGAUAGGCUUUUGUUCCUCGCUAAGGGAGGCAAAACGGUAUACUUUGGCGAUAUCGGUCUCAAUUCAAAGACAUUGACGACAUAUUUCGAGAGGAACGGUGCACCAGCGUGUCCGCCGGAGGCUAACCCUGCUGAGUGGAUGCUUGAAGCCAUUGGUGCUGCUCCAGGCUCUAGUACCGAUGUUGAUUGGCAUCAGGCAUGGCGUGAUAGUCCCGAGUAUCAGCAAGUACAGGAGGAGCUUCACCGUCUUAAAGAUGGCGGUUUGACCCGUGAGAAGACUACAGAAGCUAGCAACCCGGCUUCCUACCGCGAGUUCGCUUCACCUUUAUGGGAUCAGCUAUUGAUUGUCACCCGCCGCGUUUUCCAGCAGUAUUGGCGCACACCAUCCUAUAUUUACUCGAAGUUCAUUCUAUGCUGCUCAGUCGCCCUAUUCAUUGGUUUGGUUUUCCUAGAUGCUCCUUUGAGUAUUCAGGGUAUGCAAAAUCAGAUGUUCGCCAUCUUCAACAUUCUGACCAUUUUCGGUCAACUUGUACAACAGCAAAUGCCCCAUUUCGUCACUCAACGCGCGCUUUACGAGGUUCGCGAACGUCCAUCGAAAACCUACAGCUGGAAGAUCUUUAUGCUGUCGCAAGUCAUCACAGAGAUUCCUUGGAAUUCAUUGAUGUCGGUUUUCAUGUUCGUCUGCGUGUACUAUCCUGUCGGAUUGAACAGAAACGCAGAAGCAGCUGGUCAAACGGCCGAACGCGGCGCUCUGAUGUGGCUGCUCUUCUGGCAGUUCUUGAUUUUCACUUGCACCUUUGCACAUGCCUGUAUCGCCAUAACGGACACAGCAGAAGCAGGAGGCAAUCUCGCUAACGUGUUAUUCAUGAUGUGUCUGCUGUUCUGCGGUGUGUUGGCAUCCCCGGACGCCAUGCCUCGUUUCUGGAUUUUCAUGUACCGCGUGUCUCCUUUCAGUUAUCUCGUCUCGGCGAUGUUGUCCACAGGCUUGGCAAACACCAAUGUCACAUGCUCCAGCGUUGAAUACGUCGUCUUCGACCCACCUAGCGGCCAAACAUGCGGAACCUACAUGGCCGACUACAUCAGCGCGGCAGGCGGGUACAUUCUCGAUUCAGCAGCCACCGCGGACUGCCAGUACUGCCCAAUUGCGGAUACCAAUGUCUUCUUGACAAGCAUUAGCUCCAACUACGCACAUAGGUGGCGCGAUUUUGGCAUCGGGAUGGUCUACAUUGUCUUCAAUAUUGCUGCGUCCUUGGCCCUAUACUGGCUGAUUCGCAUGCCGAAGGGAAAGAAGGAGAAAUAA